UCUCUCGCGCUUUCUCUCCACUGCACUGCACGCACUGCACUCCACUCUCCUCCUCCCUCCACACCCCAAUCCGUCCCCUGCUGCGUGCGGUUGCUUUCUCCUGCUCUGCUGCUGCUGCUGCUGCUGCUGCCACUGCUGCAAAGCUGCUGCAUCUUGCUUCCUGGUCAUCCAGCGUCCUUGCAGAUGUGCAGGCCAGCCCCAGUAGCCAGCAGUAGGUCCGGCUCCAGCUCUAAUUCGAGCUCGAUGUCCGUCUUGCUCCCGUAUCUCACAACAAGCCGGGAAUGCCCACAUCUCAUCUCAUCUAUUGAUUCCAUUUUAUACAUAUUAUAUCGAAUCCCUCAGCCUCUCUUCCUUUCACAUCGGUACUCCCGCAAACCUACACCUUGUCCUUGAGUUUGAAUCCUCCCGCUUCCUACACUCACCCACCAGAGACACUCGCAUAUAAUAUAUAUAUAUACUUUUACCUUUACGUCGUCUCCGCUUGCCACAAGCAAGGUCUUUGGAUGCAUCUCGUUUCUUGCCCUUCAUCGACGACCUCUCCAACCAUGACUUUGCCACUUGCUUGCCCGCCGUCUUCUUCUCCUUGUGCUGCCUCGGAUCCGCCGACGGUACCACAGCGUAAACGUCGUAGAAGAGCGCCUGCCAGUGGUGCUUCAGACGACUGCUUUGCCUGCACCAAAAGAAACACCAAAUGCGAUCGUCGACGACCGUAUUGCUCGCCAUGUUUGGAAGUAGGCAAAGAAUGCUCAGGAUACAAAACCCAAUUGACUUGGGGGGUGGGGGUUGCCAGCCGUGGAAAACUACGUGGAUUAUCUCUUCCAGUUGCCAGAUCCGCCCCCGCAGUAAAGAGUCCCCCUCCAUCUAGAGCACGAAGCAGUCCCACCCAACCAAUUUCGCCAACUCGAGAUAUCGUCGACGGCGUCAAAAUCAAGAUGGAGAAACCAGCUGCCGUAUCUGUCAACCCUUUCACCACGUACGACUUUGUCAACAUGGCCCCUAAUGGAGUUGCACCACCCAUGCAAAUCCCAGACUGGAAUAUGGGCUCCACUCAAAACUAUCAUCUUCAGAAUUAUCAACCACAAGAAAGUAUGUCACAGCAGAGGCAGUUACCGCAAUUGCACCGAUUACACACCCACGCACUCAGUUUAGGUCGCGAGAAUUUACACAUAUCCAGUUCCCUGGAAUCGCUCAGCGCAUACGCCGAUAGCGAGUACAGCAACUCUCCAAUCGCACACUCAUUCCAAGGGGAUGACGUCCCAUUCCUUCGCAGCCCAAUGCCAAUCUACACCGGCUACUCCUCCCGAAAUACCACUGCAGACGCAAGUCCUAUAGUGGCAAUCAUGGGGGACAACCGUGGCCCAACGUCUUUUCCUGAUCAUUUCUAUGCUCCAUCAGAGAUUAGCUCAAGUAUCAGUUCGCAUCAAAACUUGUACGAUAUUGCUGAAGGUGGACGUCAGCAGCACCCCAACUCCGCGACCAAUGAGCACUUUUAUGACGAUGAUAUAAUGGGUAAAUUUGAUUUUGCCUAUUCUCCCCUCAACAUGCAGCUAAUCUGAAGCAGGUACACAUCAAAUGCCGAAUGAUUUAGAGGUAUAUGCUACCAGUGCUCGAUCAAGCCAUUUCGGCUGGAAUUCUAUCAAUGAUGACGAUGUAGCCUCGCAAGCAGCUUCCGAGGCCGACAACUAUCACUUCUCCUCGGGUCCGGACUCGAUGUCCUCCUCCACCGACAUGUCGCCCCGCAUAUCCUUCUUCCUUGAUUACUACGAAAAAAUCAUCUGUCCCUCGGUCGUGGUAAUAGACAGCCCCAGUAAUCCUUACCGAGAACACAUCCUUAGCCUCGCCAGUAGCAGUCGAAGUCUGCAACAUGCAAUCUGCGCUCUUGCGGCUUGCAAUCUUCGAAUGAAAAGAAGACAAUCUUUAGGACAGGAUCGUUGGCGUCAACCUUUCGAACUAGAAAUCCAGGACCGUAUAAAUGGCUUAGGCUCAAUCAACAACAGAAGAGCCUCCAACCACCGCAUGUCACCUCACGAGGAACCCCGCUGCAAGGAUGCUUCGCUCGAAGAAGAAUACCAACACCGUUCCCUAGCUGUUUCUUUACUCAACCAGCAACUUGGCGAUCCAUCUACUGCCCGUCAUGACUGUGUUCUUGCGACUCUUUUCAUUCUUUGUCAUUACCGUAUGUGUGAAUCAGGUAUCGCUCAAUUCAGAACGCAAUUUGCUGGUGUCAAGAAAAUUCUUGGCAUGCGCGAAAGUGGUGUUGAGACUGGAAACUGGGGCUGGAUGGAAACUCUAUUUACCUACUUUGACGGCAUUGCAGCAAGCAUUAACGACCGAGAGGCUCAACUACGUGGGGGUUAUUUGGAAAUGAUCGCCACCCCCUCUCAACCAUCUCACGGGUUGGAAAAUGUUGCCGGUUGCGACGGAGUACUAUUCAAGACCAUUGCUCGACUCGGACGUCUCAACAUGCUCUCCCAGCAUCGCCCAGUCCUCGACGAAGCUCUAUCCAGCCAAGCACGAGAAAGUCGUCCAGCACCACCAAAUCCUCGUCCUCGUCUCGCUGGUCAGGCUUUGGUUGAUUUCUACAAUUUGCACGCACACAGCUUCGACGGCAACGGGUUCUCUUCAACUUUGGACGACGAUGCCAGCUUCUCACUCCUCACCAACUCCAUGAGUCACGAUGACCUCCGCACCACUUUCUGGGCCGAAUGGAAAGCUGCCCGUCAAGCUCUCCAGGAUUGGGAGUUUGACCCCACCCGUCUUGUAGCCAACCUACCUGCAACCCCAUCCCCGACUCAACUCCGGGAUUUCGGAUAUAUCUCCGAGGCCUUCCGCUACGCUGCCCUUCUCUACACUGAACGGCUUGCUUGCCCUACUCUCCCAUCUUCACAUCUCAACUUCCAGAACCUCGUCUCGCAGGUCCUCUUUUAUGUCACUUCCCUUGAUCCUUCAUCUGGGUGUGAGAAAUUCCUUCUGUGGCCUCUUUUCAUCAGUGGGUCUGAAUGUGUCAAUGAGCUACAGCAAAGCAUUGUGAGGACAAAGUGCAGAGAGAUCAUGGGGAGAAGUGGAUAUCUCAACAACCUCGCUGGUCUUGAGGUUCUUGAGAAACUUUGGGAAGAUGCUGAGGGAAAAGGAAGAGAUAGUGAGAGAGGAAGCUUUGGUGGUCCUUUCAAGUGGAGUCGUCAUAUGGAGGGUGGUGAGGGAGAGUGGAUUAUGGUUUGAUCUCUGUCUUUUGUUUACGCGAUUUCCUCUCAUGACUUUGGUUCUUCUCCUUCCUUUUCCCUUCCUCUCUUGUUUUGUUUUUUGAUUUUGGAAUCGCAAUGCGAUUGGAUGUUAUGAGAUACGAUACACUUGGUUAUGCAUUCUGAUUUCCAUCAGGCUGGGCGUUUGGCUCCGAUAAUGUUUCUUUCUAAUUUCCUUACUCUAUAUCGGCUCGAACUUUUUUCAUUCUACUCUAUGCAAGCAAGAUGGGAUGAAUUCCCUUGGAAACCCGGGGGAGCCUAAUGCAUAAUGUUUUUUUGUAUAUAUCUUAGUGUUUUUUUACAAGAAACUUGGGAUUCGGG